AUAAGAGUCUCACACACACACUCACACACUCCACUCAGUAAAUCUCACAUACCAGCAGGCAUCAUGUACUUGCGUCUAAUCUACACGUGUGUGAGUCUGUGUGUGUGUGUGAGCAUCAGCUGCAGCCUGCAAGCGAGUCGGAGGGAUGAGAGACAGAAGAGGCACGGCGUGGCAGCAACAGCUGGAUUUAGUACACCUGUGUAUCCAGUGCCCAGAACUCAGUGUCUGGUGAACGGGAUUCUCCUCUUUGAGGGAGCUGUUUGGUCUCCAGAUGCAUGUAACAUGUGCCAGUGUACAAAUGGUGUAGUUCAGUGCCAUGGCAUGUCCUGCCUGAAUACAGCUUCACCUGCCUCGAGGCUUCAGGGUGGACACCAGAGGGCAGGCAGCCAUGGAGUGAAGCUGGAGAAAAUGAGCAGGCAGAAGAACGUCCAUCCACAGACUGGAAAGAAGAAAGCGCCCCAGGGGAAGGUGAUUGCGGAGGUCCAGCCGAAGACAGCGCAGAGACCAGCAAAAGCUGUAAAAAAGAAGUAUGCACCAUCAUCACCACCGAAGAUCAAGCAGCAGGCAUCUGAGGUAGGACUUGGUAGGAAUUUCCCGGUGGCCACGCCCCCUGUCACCUUCCCAAAUCAGUUUGACUACGAUGACCACGAUGAUGACGACUAUCUGGAAGAUGAUAGUGACGCUGACGAGGAUGACGAUGACGCCCUGGUCUUACAGAACUCUCGCACCAGAAGUUCAUCGAUCAGCAGAAUGGCCGCGUCUCUUCCCCGGAAGCCGAGCGUACCUGUACCGCAGAGGCCCCUCCCUCCUCCCACACGGCAGCCCAGAGUCUUAGCACCUAGUGGAAGUGUGAGAGCUGGAGGGCGUGUGGUUAGAGGCAGAGUGGGCGGGGGCAGUGUGGUGGGUCGUCCUGUUAUUCGUCCCUCCACUCACAUGGCGUCACUCCCGGCUGGGUGUCUGCUGUCUGACGUUCUGAUUGCAUGCGGCAGCACCGGAUUGACCAGCAUGCCUCUCAUCAAAGACGCCAGCAUCCAGACCCUUUACCUGGCAGAUAAUAAAAUCAGUAAGAUCCCAGUCCGAGUGUUGCAUGGCCUGCCCAAUCUGCAGUGGCUCGACCUGAGCAAGAACAAACUGGAUGACACGUCACUGGGACUGAAUGUGUUCCGGAAUCUAACCAAACUGCAGCGUCUGAAUCUGGACGGGAACAAUCUGACCAAAAUCCCCCCACUGCCUCCAUCACUGCUGGAGCUGAAGAUCAACGACAACAAACUGAGCGGACUCACACCUCACAGCUUUAAAGGUUUGUCCCAGCUGCUGACUCUGGAGCUGGAGGAUAAUCAUUUCCAUGAUGGAAACGUUUCUCCACUGGCGUUCAGGGCCCUCAAGAAACUCAUCAACCUCCGACUGGAUGAUAACGACUUCAGAGCCAUUCCCUCCGGACUGCCUGCAUCACUAAAGGAGCUGCAUCUGUCAGAUAACCGGAUUGAAGUGGUUCAUGCUGGACUCCUCAAUAAGACAGUGAACCUGCGUGUCCUGAAUCUGAGCCAUAAUAAGAUCCGAGAGGACCGGAUUGCACCGAGGGCCUGGAUACACCUACGUAAGUUGGAGACGUUGGAUCUGUCCCAUAAUAAACUGGUCCAUGUCCCGUCCUUCCUGCCGGUCGGUCUCGUCCAGCUCACGCUGCACCACAAUCAGAUCGAGAGGAUCCCGGGAUACGUGUUCGCUCACAUGCAGCCUGGCCUCGUCUCAAUCCACCUCUCAUACAACCGCCUUAGAGAGGACGGCAUCAACGAAGUGUCCUUCCUCGGCCUUCGGCACUCCCUAAACGAGCUGCUGCUGGACCACAACCAGCUCCGAGAGAUUCCACGAGGCAUUGUCCAGCUCCGCGCCCUCCACGUCCUCCGCCUCAACCACAACUACAUCAGCUCUAUCUCCGUGAACGCUCUGUGUGACAUCACCGCCCGUGACGACUCGCCUCUGCUCUCCGUUCACCUGCAGAACAACCUGAUUGACCGGCGUUCAGUCCCGCCCACUGCACUCACCUGUAUUAAAGAGUACAGCAGUGUGAUCCUGCAUCCUCAGAGACAUGAACAGGUGUAUGAGUGAACACACACACACACACACACACACACACAGUUCUAAUACAAAAACAUAAAACCGAGUAACAGGUGCCCACAGGACCUAGGGGGCGGGGUUAUGUCAUCACCAUGACAAGUUAUUGCUGUAAUAAUGUAAUAAUCCUGUUCUCACUGAGAAUCAUUUUGUGAUAGUUGUCAAUAUAUUAAAAAUAUUUUAUCGACUUGCUUUUUAAAAACAUGUGUAUAACACAUGUAUAACAGAUGUAUAACACGUGUAUAACAAGUGUAUAACAAACUGCUGUAUAACGAGUAGCUUUGAGUCGCUUUAUGAAUGAAACGUUAGUCAGAAUGACGGAGAAACUGUUAGCUCUGAUCCAGUGCAGUGAGACGUGAGUGAUGUGAUGCGAUUGAGGUGAUGCGGAUGUUUAAAGUUGGAGAAAAAUAUUGUUUCUUCAUCGAACCGUAACUUCUACACGCCUGAAAUUCAGAGCCUCAGCGUCUGCUCACUGAUGUUUAAGUUGAAUAAAAGCAUUUUGUUCUUAUAUAGUGGUGUUAUUUACAUAUUUAAUGUUAAUCCAAGUUUAAAUACAGUUACAGUUUUUAAUAGAGUUGUGUUUUUAUAUAAACAUAUAUAUGUUUCAUCUUCCUGUUUCCAUUAAAGCUCUAAUCUUCCCUUUACUUCCUGUUUCAUUCCUUUAUUCGAACCUAUGGUUUCCAACGGCUUUAAACAUUCGUAUAGGAGAAAAUUUUAUAUAUAUUGUAGAUAUUACUCAGAUCUGUGCAGUUACACGUUGUGUGUCAGGUGUGCAUCGGGUGUGUGUGUGCGUUAGGUGUGUGUGCGUCAGGUGUGUGUGUGUAUGUCAGAUGUGUCUGUGUGUCAGGUGUGUGUGUAUUGAGCAUUAUCUUCUUUAGUUGUGUGCAGUCUGUUUAACGUUCCUGAUUCGGCAUUUCGAAUAAAUCACUCGCGUGUCACAAACAGCACAGCCUUGGCUA